GCCACGUCAGUUUGUUUUAAACUAUUUAAUUAUUGGCACAUACAUGCACCUUCUAUUAUUUAUCGGUUUAUAACAACGAACUUUUCGGAAUUUCCCUAUGUUUCAAUUAAUGUAACUGUAUCUCAACGGAUAAACGUCUGUAUUCAAUGAUGCUUCUGCUUAUUGGAACGCUAUUUUUAUUGGAGCAUUUUUGCUAUGGUGUUCUAAGUGAACAAGGACUUAUUGUUGGAAAAUUCAACCCUGCAUCAAUAACAUCAAUAUCAGAAAUUCCAGAGGACUCAACAAGCUCCUUCAACAUUGUUGACUUAUUUGUGUGGCCAUCAGACGCACUGAUCACCAGCCUGGCAUCCGAUCCAAAGAAAACAGUUGUUUUUGCAGCACUACAGAGUGGCAUUUUUAUUGUGCAUAACUAUUCUGUCUGGCAAAAUGAGUCUCAAACGUUUUCAGCUUCAUACAAUGGAAGAUAUGCAGGUAUUGAACAAAUUGCCUUUGACUACAUCACGAAUAACUUGUAUUGGUGCGAUUCUCUGCAUGACUGGAUUGCUGUGAAACCAGCAUACGACACCAAAAAGAACAUUUAUAAAGUGGUCAUUCGAAAAGAUUUGAAUAAACCUGAAGGACUCGCUUUGGAUCCCGAGGAUGGAUUGAUGUUUUUCUCUGAUAAUGGCCACAAUCCACGAAUUGAGAGGGCCUCCUUGGACGGACAGGACAGAGUGGUUAUUGUCUAUAGAGGCAUAUUAAGGGUUGUCUCCCUUACCGUGGAUACAGACAACGACAAGCUGUACUGGGCAGAUCACGACAGACAGACGUUGGAGGGAUGUGAUUACGACGGGUCCAACAGGAGAGUCAUCAGACGUAUGAACGAAGUGUCACCCACAGGCCUUGUCUACCAUGAGGGGAUGUUGCAUGUCGUCAGCUUUAAUACAAUUCAACUUUACAAAAUUGAUAUAACGUCCGACUCAUUGCUCUACGCUAGAAAGUUUCUUUCAGGACAACCAUAUACAAUUAAUGUGUAUGAUACAGAGUCCACAGCAUCAUUUAAAGAUCCGUGUUUAACCCUCCAUUGUGAUCAUAUAUGUAUCAACACGAGAGCAGGACCUACGUGUGUUUGCUCCGACGGUUUUGAACUUAAUCACGACGGUAAAAGCUGCACAGAUAAAUCAUAUGUUGUGGAUGGGAUGUUCAUUGUAAGCAACGCCUCCAUGUUUGCGAUGCACAGAUUACACUUUGAGGAGGGUCAGAGAAGUUUUUUACACUCUGUCCAGCUUCCAAUUGCUAACAUUGAAACCUUUGAUGUGGAUGCAAAGACAAAAACCAUCUACUUUGUGGACGGUGGGAGCAGAUCCUUAAAGAAACACGACAUUGUAUCAUUAAGAACUAAUACUUUAACUUCAGUUUCAUCAGCUACAGUGACAGACUUAUCGUUUGACUGGAUUUCAAAGCGUCUUGGAUGGAUAGAGCCGACUCUGUCCAGUAUACGGUCCUUCUCAAUCAAUGCUCAAGCCAGUGCUACCGUAUACACCAACCUGCAAGAACCUACGUCUCUUACAAUAGAUCCCCACAACGGCGUCCUAUACUGGAUUUCGAGGACAUCAGUACGAACAAUAGUCCAGGGAUCCUGGACAAGAGAUAUACCACAAGUUUUAAUAACAGCUGCAAACCUACAUAAUCCAACUUCUCUACAGUUUGACGUUAAAACUAACAGAUUAUACUGGCUAGAUCGGUCGGUAAUAAAAAGUUCGAUGACAAAUGGAAGAGAUAUCAAAAGUCAUAUCAACACAAAAGGCGCCAUAAAAACUAUUGCAUACAAGGACUUCUUUGGUUGGAUAAACAAAAAGGAAAUUUAUUUUGCACGGAGCAUCUCUAAAAACGCAGAUAUUACAUUUAAUACUGUGCAAAAUGCAAAGGAUAUCGCUGUGUUUGAUUCAACUUUGCAAGAGGAUAGACGAGGUACCUGUCAUAUACAAAACGGAAAUUGCGGAGGACUAUGUGUUCGAGAGGAAAAUGGUCGCAGAUGUGAAUGCGAUAUUGGUCUUCACCUUCAAAAAGACCAGAGUUGUGAUAACGAUGUUCUUUUGUCGAAUUUUAUUGUGGUCACUGAUUUUACGCAUGGAAGAAUACUCCAGGUUGAUUUUCAGACUGGGACUGUGAUAAAAUUACCAAUAACAGCAAACAGAUCCCCGGGACUAGUGUUGGAAAAAUCAACAACGACUCUUUUCUACUGCGAAACCUUUACGAAAAGUAUAAAAUAUACAACGUUAAAAGGAGACAACACAACCUAUUUCUACACAACAGGGUCUUCAUAUGCAGACCGUCUGGCCAUCGACUACUCCACGGGUAAUCUGUACUAUACAGGUGUAGGUCCGACGACAUCUCAGAGUUAUAUUGGAGUAGUCCACAGGGCCACAUCUCUUCACAAAACGCUGAUAUCAGAUCUCCAUAGUCCAAGAGACAUCGCUCUCUAUCCCUCCAAAGGGUAUGUGUUUUGGACAGAGUUUGGAAACACAGCUCAAAUUGUUAGAGCAAAUAUGGAUGGAACAUCAAAAAGCUUCAUAGCAAAAAAACAGAUAGGAUGGCCUAAUGGGCUAACUUUGGAUUUUAAAACAAACCGAUUGUAUUGGACGGAUGGGUAUUAUAACCGCAUCGAAUCAUCUGACCUCAAUGGUGGAAAUCGUCAGGUUCUGGCGACUGAUAAUGAUGCUCAUUUAAUGAGUAUUGUGAUCCAUGGGCAGUAUCUAUACUACACAGCUUGGAAUCGACAGCGAAUAACAAAAAUCAACAAAAUAACGGGUUUAAAAGUGCCUUUUAUGUUGGAUUAUCCCGAAAUUGGGCGACUAGAUAGUUUAGAUAUCUACACUGAUGAUAUUCGAGACGUUAGUUCCAGUUGCUCGAACCUAAAUGGUUUGUGUAGUACGUUUUGUUUUCCAACUCCAAACGGGAGGACAUGUGGAUGCCAAGACAACGUUAAGCUUCAAUCAGACCAAUUAACCUGUGAAGGAGUUUCUAGAUGUCAGACGUUGCAUCAUUCUGUGAAUUUCAUCGACUGCCGACCGUAUCCAGGUUUGACUUGCAAUUUUGAAUGCAAAGCAGGCUAUCAAAAUGCUAGCACUGCCACAGCUACUUGCAGUACUACUGGAAUAUGGGUUCCAUCAAUAGAUGAAUUGUGCAAAGAGACAUUGUGUCCAAUGUAUCUGGACAAUGCUGUAUUGUCACCAAGCUGUAGUAGAAAAAUUGGGGAUCUAUGUACCUUCUACUGCAUGAAAGGCUAUCUCCCGACUUCAUCAACCAUGGUGUGCACAUCUGAAGGAAAGUGGAACGUUGAUACAGAUACACUAUGUUUACCAAUAUUGUGUCCACUGUCACUGGGUACUGCUGUUUUAUCAUCAAGCUGUAGUAGAAGGACUGGAGACUCGUGUACUUUUUAUUGCGUUGAUGGUUUCAUUCCUACAACAUCUGAUAGAUUGAUGUGUACAUCUGAUGGGACGUGGAACCUUCACACUGAUACUUUAUGUACACCAAAGUUAUGUCCAGCAACAAUAGAAAAUGGCCAUCUAGCUGAAAAUUGUGAAAGACGAAUUGGAAAUAUAUGUUCGUUUACUUGUAAUGAAAAAUAUAUAUCGGCCAUUGAUCCUAAAAACAUAAUAUGUACUACCGGAGGAGUAUGGAGCUCAGACACUCAGCGACUGUGCAGUCCUAUGAAAUGUCCCUUGGACGUAACCAACGGAUAUGUGUCGUCGACCUGCCGGGGUAUGGUCGGGGAGAAAUGUGACGUAUUCUGUAAGGGUGACGCCUCAAUGAACACUGCUCACAUCAUAUGUCUGUCUUCGGGUGCCUGGGACAAAGAUACUGCUGAUAUAUGUCGACUGCGUCGUGAAUAUGAGAAAAGCUUGACCUAUGGAGAAGUUGGAUUGCGUGUAUUAUGUGUCAUGGUCCUUAUUGUUGUUGUAACCACGCCGGUCGCCUGCUAUUAUUUAAGGAAAGACAACGCGAAGAAAAAUGAUUAAUAUAAAAAUAUAUUUGUUUUAAAGAAAUUCCCAUCUUAUUUUGUCAGACUUCAUUUUUAUCUCAUUUUGAGAAAAUUAUUGAAUCUUUUUUUUUUUAAAUUAAAAGCUUUUUGGAAAAGCGAUUUUAAUAGGUUUGAAUCACAAUAACAACAAUUUUGAUAUCAUUAUUUGUCAACCAACGUAUUUACAGGGUAUUGAAAAACGUUUGGACAAUGGUAAUACAUAUAUCUUAACGUCACAUCGGUAUAUGAAUAAAUAAAUAACUCAAGGUUAAUUUUUAACCAGUUCUGUUCUAUCAAAUCUGCAAAACAAGAACUAUGUUUUAUCUGUGUACGAAUUUCUGCAGAAAUGUAUUUAUCGUGAUACAAUUGUAAAUAUUUUGAUGUUUGGUGUUGGAUGUCAUAAAUAUUUAUUUAAGGAACAUCUUUAUAUUGAUAUUGACGUUUGUAGCUUCCUAGAUAUUCAACAUAUCAACAUAUAAUUCAGUAUUGAAAAUAUUGCGUCCAAAAUGUAUGCAGAGGCAGUCUACUUUUAAUUAAGGAAAUAAAUUAAUUACAUAUGUGUCUGAACAUACACUCUUGGGUGUUAAAACGAUGCAAAGAAAAAAAGGUAGAAUCAUUUCAGCUGUAAACAACAACAAAGAGGUAAGCAUAACACAAAUAAAAAAAAAUAAACAAGAUGUUAUAAAAAAAAGUAGGCAGUUAACUAAGACUAUUAUGUUUUAUGUGAAAUCUUAAAAAGAAAAAAAUAAUAACUCGCUUUUUCCUCCAUAAACAUAUGUUAUCAUGAGGCACUAUAAAGAGAAAAUAUACUUAGACGUUUAAAGAACCGAUCAUACAGAAAAAAGUUCUUCCAUGGUUAAUUUGAUCAUCAGUUUUUUAAUUCACCAAAUUCUGUCAUGUUAACAAAUGUUUUCAUAAACAUGAUUGGUACUUGAAGAUUACCAAUUUGUUUUUAUUUUUUCUCAAUCAGGCUUCUUUAAUUAAUAAUCAACGAAAAUUCCCCGAUAAAUUCCGGAAAUCAUCUGAAUUUUUUGGAUUUUAUGAUCUUGCGCAUGCGCAUUACAUUCACGCUAAAUCACUAGAGGCUCUUUAUUUUAUGUUUCCACAAUAUCAUAUUAGCAUGGAUAAACUUGGAAACGAUAAAACAAAUGUGUGUUAAUUUUCAUUGGAAAUUGUUUUAUGUUCAUCAAAGAAAAUACGGGAGAUAACUUUAAGACAGUGCAUUUACUAGAAAAAAUCCCGAGAGUUUUGAAUGUUAACAAGAUGUGUAAAAAACGUUGUUGAAAUAUGUUGGAUUCUGCAAUUAUAGAUUUAAACUUUUCGAGGAAAUGUAUUUACAGCUUCAAAAUGGUUUUUGUGAACAAUUUGACUGUUAUAUUCAAUGCAACUUAAUUUUCUCCAAAAUCGUUUUGGAGCAAUUCAGCAAUUUUCUGCGACAUUAUGGGUAUAUGGGAGGCAUUUUAUCGUCGGAACCCACGGGUUUUCUAUCCGUUACACUGCAGUGUAACGGAUAGAAAACCCGUGGGUUCCGACGCUGGAGGCAUUUUGACUGUGAUGAAGGCAAUUCCCGAGACACAGUUAGAUUAUUCCAACUCAACAGAGUGUAGUGAAAUUAAUAGCAUUAUUGUAGGCGUGAAGUUUCGUUAUACAAAUGUCAACAAUAUACGGUGUUUCGAUGUAUAUAUUUUGUAAAUGCCCGAUAUCACAUGCAAUGUCAACCCGUGCACGCACGGGUAAAAGUCUAGUGUGUAAAGAAAAUAAAGUACUUAUGAGAGAGAGAGAGAGAGAGAGAGAGAGAGAGAGAGAGAGGUGUUGUUAUUGUCUUUAGUGGUACAUGUAUGUACGGGGAAUAAAGGUAUGAAUCGCUACGUUAGAAAAAUAUAAUACGUUAGCUUAAGCAAUGCAUUUGUUACUUUAUUACCCUUGUGGUCCUCAAAAGGGAAAUUUGUGACAUUCAUUUUCGUUCUUGUAUUUUCAAAGCUUGGUUGUUAAUAUGCAAACACAUGCAAAUACAUAAAGAAACAUGACAUGUGGUUAUAAC